UUGCUUGCUUGCGUAGCUUGGAGAUGCAUAGGCCCGGUCUGUCGCGUGGGAGAAGUUUUGGCAAAGAUGUGCUGCAAGGGACCUGAUUUCGGUUGGGAUAAGGUUCUUAUCAUCGUCCCAUUCGAGGACCGCGCGUGAAAAUCGAGAAUGAGUGGCAAGUCCAGAGCCUUUACCUAUAACAGACGAGAGUCGUCCGGCGCGCGAGACGAUGGUGAACUUCAGCCGCUGAUCUCAUCCUCCUCCAACUCGUCAACGACGAACGUCAAAAUGGCCUCGACCACUCCGGAAAAGGCCAAUUACACGGUAGAGGCCAAAACAGACCUCCAAGCGUCCAGCGAAAUCUCCUCUCCCACUAGCGAUGAGCCUCAAUCGCCAAAUUCUUCCUCCGCAAAACCCAAAGUCCCUUGGUACGCCUACAUCUGGGACUACGAACCCAACCGCAGCAAAGAAGAAAGCGCCUUCCUCCACCGUCUAGAUACCAGCGUCCUCAUCAUCCUCUCCCUCGGCUACUUCAUCAAAAACCUCGACCAAACCAACAUCGCCAACGCCUACGUCAGCGGCAUGAAAGAGGACCUCCGCAUGAACCAAAACCAAAUCAACUACGUCGACGUGGCGUGGACGACAGGCUACGUCGUCGGACAAAUUCCCUCACAAAUCAUUCUCACCAAAGUUCGGCCUUCGAUAUGGAUUCCUUCAUGUGAGAUGGUUUGGACGAUUCUGACGUUUUGUUUGGCGGCUGCGAAGACGAGCGAGCAUGUGAUUGCGAUAAGGUUCUUUGUGGGGUUGUUUGAGAGUAUUUUUUAUCCUGCGGCGCAUAUGAUCUUGGGAAGUUGGUAUAAACCCUCGGAGCUGGCAAAGAGGGCUUGUAUUUUUCAUGCGAGUUCGGCGAUUGCGAGUAUGUUUAGUGGAUAUUUGCAGGCGGGAGUGUAUAAAGGUUUGAAUGGGACACAUGGGCUAGCGGGCUGGCAGUGGUUGUUCAUCAUGGAUGGAGUGAUCAGCGCGCCGAUUGCGAUCGCCGGUCUUUUCCUGAUCCCAGAUCUUCCGGAGAACAGUCGCGCGUUUUAUCUGCGUAAGGAUCAAAUCGUUCUUGCGCAGAAGCGUAUGGAAUCGGUCGGUCGUGCUCCGAGGACAAAGCUGGGCUGGUCGGCGUGGAAGCGCAUCUUCGGAAGAUGGCAUGUGUACCUGCUCACGAUCCUGUACAUCAUCUUCAUCAAUACUGGACCAUCAUCCGGCAUCAACCCGUUCUCGCUCUGGCUCAAGGACGCGGGCUACUCAGUCGAGCUCAUCAACAUCAUCCCCACGGCACAGUCAGCUGUGCAAGCAGUGGCUACUGUGGUCAUUGCCAUUUUCUCGGAUUACUGGAGACAGCGAGCAGCGUGGAUGUCCGUUUCGACAUUCUUCGGUCUGCUGUACUCGAUCAUUCUGGCCAUCUGGGCAGUUCCUUCCGGCCUGAAAUGGUUCGCGUUCUUCAUCUAUCGAAUGUCGGUCCCGUACGGGCCGAUCAGUAUGUCGUGGGCGAACGAAAUCUGUGGCGCAGAUGCAGAAGAACGCAGUAUCGUGCUCGGGCUGAUGAACAGUUUCGGCUACGCCUUCAAUGCCUGGCUGCCACUCUUGACGUAUCCGCAAGUCGAUGCGCCCAUCUUCAGGAAAGGUUUCAUUUGGUCGACUUGUGCGUUUGUCGCGCAGUUCGGCAUUACGUGGCUCGUGUGGUGGUUCCAACGACGAGAUCUGAAGAGAAAUGUGGUUCGGUCUGCCUUAGCGUGA